AUGCAAGGCCAUCGCAAGUCGGCUGACGAAGAGCAAGAGGAGGACCUCUGGCCUUGCAGAACCUUCAAGGCGCGGGAGUGGGGGCAUGCCCUGCAGCAGAACGAUGGCUCCCACGAGGUGGGCGUGAAAAAGCUUAUCCGCACCCUCAAGGAUGGGCGGACGCUGACGGAGCAGCCGCUGAGGCUCACUGCGCUCCAAGCGCUGUCUCCUGCCGCCAUGGUGGGCCAUCGAGGGGCACUCGCGGCGCAGGCAGCGGCUGUGCUUGACCGCAGCAAGGCGGUGCGUGAGUGCGCGUUGGACGCCCUAUGGGAUGCCGCGGGCCAGCAACGACCUGAAGAAGGUGGAGCAGUGCAUGCCACCCUUUCCUCAGUGCUGCCGCCCCCCGAUGCGCGCUACAAAGCCGAGUCGCGCCGGGCGACCGCAGAUGCCGUGAGACGCUUGGCGCCCCGCGGGGACCAGGCCCUCCUGUCAGUGGUGCGUGGUUGGUCCGGCGCCUCGCGUUGCUGCGGGAGUAUCGAGGUCUUGGGCGUCUAG